UUAAAAUCUGCCUAGGAGGAGAAGUGGGAAGGUUUGGUCCAUAUACAAUAAUGUCAGAUAGACAAAAGGUAUGUGCUUGCAUCUUAUGUCAUUGUUCCUAUAUGGUUGUUUUGUGCUAGAUAGUAGCUUAGCUAGUUUAAUUGUGUGUCCCAGGGCCUACUAAAUGCAGUGAAUGCUGUCUUUCCUAAGUGCAACCAAAGGUUCUGCCUUAGGCAUAUCUAUGCAAACUUCCAAAAUGCUGGGUUUAGGGGGGAAGAUCUGAAAAAGUGUAUGGAUAAUGCUGCCUAUGCAUAUAGUGAACACAAAUUUAACAUUGCAAUGAAUGACCUUAGAGCUGAGUGUGAGCAAGCUUGGGAGUGGCUUUGUCAAAUACCCAAGAAAACAUGGGCAAGGCAUGCAUUUGACACAAACUGCAAGACUGACCUUGUAGUUAACAAUUUAUCUGAGGUGUUCAACAAGUAUGUCCUAGAUGUUAGGAAGAAACCAAUUAGGACAAUGUGUGAUGGAAUAAAGGAUAAGCAGAUGGUGAGGUGGCAUAGGAAUAGGGAGAGUGGAAAGAAAGCUAGAUGGGACAUAACACCCCAUUAUAGUGAGAAGCUAGAGGUUGAGAAGGAGAGGGCCAAAUAUUGCAAACCAAUUCAAGCUGGUGUGGACUUGUGGCAAGUUACAAGUGGGCAGCAAACCCAUGCUGUUAACUUGCAAAUGCACACAUGUGGGUGCAGAAAAUGGGACCUAAGUGGCAUCCCAUGUAACCAUGCCAUCUCAGCAAUAAACAAGGCCAAAAGAAAACCAGAGGAUUAUGUCAGCAAGUUCUUCAAGAAAGAAAUUUAUCUGGCAGCUUAUGAACCAAUGAUCUAUCCAGUUCCUGGUGAGCAUGACUGGACAAGGACCCCUGGUCCAGACAUUGACCCACCUGCAUUUAAAGUGAAGAGAGGAAGAAAGAAAGAGAAGAGGAUCAAGGGGAAAUUUGAAGUUCCAAAGCCUAAGGCGACAUCAAGAAUGGGGACUAUAACAUGUGGCGAUUGUAGACUGCAAGGACAUAGGUACACAAGCUGCAGCAAGCAGUUGAAGCCUGAGCUGGCUUUGAGGAAGAACAAACAUGUGCUGGAACAUGAGCUGGGAGAGGAGCUGGGAGAGGGGCUGCAGCUGCAGCUGCUGGGAGUGGUGCUGCUAGAGGUGCUGGUAGAGGUGCUGGGAGAGGGAGAGAGUAACUCUGUUGCUGGAUAUAUUGCUGGAUAUAUUGUUGGAUAUGUUGUUAAGGUCUAG